UCAUUCAUGGGAUCCUACUGAGAUCCCUUUAUUAUUCCCAAGCAGGAAGAAUUAUCAACACUAUUAAGCACCAUACACCAGGGUCCCCAGGGCGCCCUCAUUGCCCUCCCACUGUCCUGCAAGCACAAACCACCCUGUGUGGUGUUUGUCUUUUUCUGGGUUUGCCACCUCCCCCAGUGAGGGAAGGAGCAUUUCCAGGCAGGGAGCAAGGGAUGCAAGCCUGGGACAGGCAAGCCCCUGGACACAUCCUUUCCAAGUACUGAAGCCCCCAUUACUGGUCCCUGAUAUGAAGGAGAAACUAAUUCAGAGGCCAUGGCUGUUCAGAAAAUGAGGACCCUGAGACCUGAGCUUGAGUCCCUGCUCUGCCCUGACCAGUCACCUGGCCUGUCACCUGACCUCAGUGAGACUUCCUGCUUCCUGUCUCCGUUCUUAGGGUGGCUACGAGGGAGGAUAGAAUGGAACCUUGCUUUGUGGUUAACACAGCCCUCAUCCCCAUGGCUGAUACUUAGUCAAAGGCCUCUGUAGAUCCUGUGGCUAUAGUUCCUGAGCCCCCCCCCCCCCGAGAAUUCCCCAUGAUGCUCAAGCUGCUAGUAUCAGCUGAUCAGACUAUCUUUAAUCACAGUAAUGUGGCUAGUAAAUGGUAAUAUGCUGGUGUUUUGAAGAAAAAAUGCUUGCCGGUCCUAAUGGUGACACUCUGAGCUAGCUAUUCUGUAAGCUUGCACAAGUGCAAAAAGAUACUUUGUGUUCUUUGUGACUUUGGGAGGAAGACCAUGGGGAGGGUGUUAAACUUCAUUUUAAUAAAUGAUAAGGAGCAGGGAACUCGAGCAGUUCGUGGCUACAGGGUACCAUCGGCCAGACACUUCAGAAGGGCCUUGCUUUGGCGUUUGCUGGCUUUCCUGUGUUUCACACCAGCCUUGAGGAGGCAUCACCCACACUAUGCAGUGCACAUUCAAAAGCAAAUGUCUUAGCCUCUCUCCAGAGCGUUUGCUUCAUACCAGGUGGUCCCACAGAUUCCUUUGUGUCCGCUGAUUGUGGGAGAAGUGUGAGGAGGACAGAGCUUGGGAAAAUGAAUUAAGAUGGCCACAGAGGCAGAGGUGGCUACGUUCAUCACUGGGCUGCCUGACUGCCCGGCGUAAAAGCUCAUGGCUCUCUGUGCCAUGAGGCAGGAGCCUUAGGCAACCCCAGGUCGAUUUUGAACAAAGAGAGGGGCCCUUCGGCCCACAGCCAUGCCCUCGCCUUGUUGCUAUGGAGGUCAUCAUCCUUAGAAAACUCAGGUAAAACACAAGUCAGUCGUUAUGGCAACCCUGGGCCCCUCUGGGCCUUCUCAGAAGCCUUGGAUAAUGAUGGCCAGCAUCCUGAUACCACAGAGGGAGCACAGCAACAUGGACCCAUUGGACCCAAUUGGCACGGGCCCUACCAAGGUCUUCCAGCUGCACGGAGUCCCUCCUCUGAGUAUUCGCUGUGAGAGCUUUGCUGCUUUCCCUACCAGAUGGUGCCCCUGUGACUCCCAGCCCUGCCAAAAUGGAGGCACGUGCAUUCCAGAAGGUGUGGAUAGGUACCACUGUCUCUGCCCACUGGCAUUCGGAGGGGAAGUCAACUGUGCCCCGAAGCUGAGCCUGGAAUGCAGAAUCGAUGUCCUCUUCCUGCUGGACAGUUCUGCAGGCACCACAUUGGGGGGCUUCCGGAGGGCCAAGGCCUUUGUCAAGCGCUUUGUGCAGGCCGUGCUGAGGGAGGACUCCCGAGCCCGCGUUGGGAUAGCCAGUUAUGGCAGGAAUCUAAUGGUGGCGGUGCCCGUCGGGGAGUACCAGCAUGUGCCGGACCUGAUCAGGAGCCUUGACAGCAUUCCCUUCAGCGGUGGCCCGACCCUAACCGGGAGUGCCUUGCUCCAGGUGGCAGAGCACGGCUUUGGGAGUGCCAGCAGGACUGGUCAGGACAGGCCACGCAGAGUAGUAGUUCUGCUCACUGAAUCACGCUCCCAGGAUGAGGUGUCUGGGCCAGCAGCUCACGCAAGGGCUCGGGAGCUACUCCUCCUGGGCGUGGGCAGUGAGAUCCUGCAGGCGGAGCUGGUGAAGAUCACCGGUAGCCCGAAGCAUGUGAUGGUCCACACAGACCCUCAGGACCUGUUCAGCCAAAUCCCAGAGCUGCAGAGGAGGCUAUGCAGCCAGCCACGGCCAGGCUGCCAGGCACAGUCACUGGACCUGGUCUUCCUGUUGGAUGCCUCUGCCUCUGUGGGACGUGAGAACUUUGCCCAAAUGCAGAGCUUCAUCAGGAAAUGCACCCUCCGGUUUGAUGUGAAUCCUGAUGUGACACAGGUUGGCCUGGUGGUAUAUGGCAGCCGGGUGCAGACUGCCUUCGGGCUAGACACCCAUCCCACCCGGGCUGCCGUGUUGCGGGCCAUGAGCCAGGCUCCCUACCUAGGGGGUGUGGGUUCUGCUGGUACAGCCUUGCUGCACAUUGAGGACAAGGUGAUGACGGUCCAGAGGGGUGCCCGCCCCGGUGUCCCCAAGGCCGUGGUGAUGCUCACAGGCGGGAGUGGGGCAGAAGAUGCAGCUGUCCCUGCCCAGAAGCUGAGAGGCAAUGGCAUCUCAGUCUUGGUUAUGAGCGUGGGAGCCGUCCUCAGGGAGGCAGUACGGAGGCUUGCCGGUCCACGCGACUCCCUGAUCCAUGUGGCAGCUUACACAGACCUUCCGUACCAUCAGGACAUGCUCAUCGAGUGGCUAUGUAGAGAAGCCAGGCUGCCAGUCAACCUCUGCAAGCCGAGCCCAUGCAUGAAUGAAGGCACCUGUGUCCUGAAGAACGGCAGUUACCGAUGCGAGUGCCGGGGUGGCUGGGAAGGCCCCCACUGUGAGAACCGCAUCUUGAGAGGAGAUGCCCCCAUGGCACGUAGCUUCCACCAAGAGCCUGCAGGACUACAAGGGCCAACCCCCUCGCAGCAAGCUCCCAAGCAUCUUAGAAUCGGAAAGGCCCUGUCCUCCGCCAAGUAAAUCUCCCGGGGGCCCUGGAGCAUCAGCUUCCAGCUCUGCCACAGGGGACACUGCUUGGGACAGUAGCAGCUGUCGCUAUGGUGAUGUUGGGAACGACUACUGCGUCAGCAUUUAUCCCCUGAAUCCGUUUGUACCUUGCUGAGGUAAGCUGCCUGUCAUUUUUCCUGAGGAUAAGAGGCAGGCCAGAGAGAUCUGACGACCUGCUUGAGGGUCAUCACAGAUGCUAGACAGAUGUUCCUGAGGUGGUAGCGCUUUGAAGAAGACUCUGUCAGAGCUCACCGCCUGGUGAUUGGUGCAAAAAGUGGGUUUCUCCCUGUUCCAAAAGACAGCUCCUGUGGAUUUCAUUUGCAAAGGGAUUAUGUGUCAUUUGUGACGUUUUCUGGUGACCAGAUCUGUGUGUGGGAGAGACCUGGGAAGGUCUCAGACAGCCAUUUGACCAAUUACUCAGUUUGCACGUAGGGGAGGGACAUGUGUGAACAGCCGUGUACGAUUGGUCUGGGCGCUGAGCAACGGCCUCCAGAGGGGCUUCCUUUCAGAGAUUACUCAGGAGAGAGUGGCAGUGAGUGCUGCCCUCCUCUUAGUGGUGGCAAUGAUGGGCAGACUUCUCAAACUCAGCAAGGGAGGGAUGAGGGGUUGCCCAGGAGGUUUGCUUUCAAAGCUUACUGUGCUGCUCUGUUUUAAUGUGCAUCUCACGCCCACUCGGUAAUGUCUCAAGACAGAUUGGUUGGUUGUUCGUCCAUCAGGACUGUAUCCGCUGGCAACGAGGCUUCUUUGGAAUAUCUUUGGGAAACUAGGUACUUAACUGCAGCGCUAACACAUCAGUCUCCCCCCACACCCCUUCCCCACCCUGCCCCUUUCUUGUGCUGUUUGAAGCUGGGUUUUCAGAAGAAGCCAUGUGUAGCGCUCUGGGAGAUGAGAAGCAUUGGUAAGGGUGUGUAUCUUUGUGCAGCCAAUGCUGUAAACUCUGUUUGUGUUCUGUGUGCCAGGCUGGCUGGCUGAGGUGCUACUCCACGUCUGCAGGAUGCUCUCCCCGUCUCUGACCCACAUUUUCUUCCUUCACAUUUAUACACUGGGGAUGUAAACUUUACGUAUUGUUAUAUUUCAAUCAUCGAACCAAUAUGUAGACAUUGUCACAGCAGAAUAGUGCUGAUGUCUUCGUGGAACACCAGGACUUCCCAAACACCCGUGCAGCUGUAGUCACAGUACCUUCCUGUAAACUCCUGUCCUGGUCUGUUAUAUUCUACUUUACUCUGGGUUGUCAGUACCAUGUUCAAGGAGUCAGAAUUUGGUCUUGAUGGUUUUUAAACAUAAAAUAAAACAUUUAUGUCCUUAA